AUGCCUAAAAAGAAAACUGGACAAAGAAAAAAGGCUGAAAAAGCCAAGCUAAGACAAAAGUUACUUCGGAAACAAGCCCUAGAAAUUGAUCUCAUCAACCAUCCGUCUAACAUAUUGAUGGAGUGUAACCAGUGUGGGAAGCGUCAGAAAAACCGUGCUUUUUGUUACUUUUGUCAGUCUAUCCAAAGACUUCCAGUAUGUUGUCAUUGUGGUAAACAGAAGUGUUCUGCACGUUCUGGAGAUUGUCUAGUUAAACAUGGCUCUGCACAUGUUACUGGACUCAGUAUGGUGGGAGCGAUUUGCGACUUUUGUGAUGCUUGGAUAUGCCACGGAGAAAAGUGUUUAUCUGUACAUGCAUGUGAAUGUCCAUUGAGAGACGCUGUCUGUGUUGAAUGUGAGCGUGGAUUAGACAAUUUUGGUGGUCGAGUAUUUUCUUGCGCCUAUUGUAAUCAUAAGCUUUGUGAGGAUGACCAAUUUGAGCAUCAGGCAAGUUGUCAACGUUUGGAAGCUGAGAGCUUUAAGUGUGCUUCAUGCAACAAAAUGGGAACACAAACAUGUCUUCGGUGUAAAGUGACAUAUUGUGACGAUCAUUGCAAGAGAAAGGGUGUCAAGUAUGAACGUGGAAAGCCUAUUCCUUGUCCGAAAUGCGGACACGAUUUAACAGAUAGCUAUAAUUUGAGCGUAUCAGUUCGCAGCUACGUGUAUGGUCGCCAGGCAUGUGCAGAAAACUACUUAGAUGAAGACAGUGAGAGCGAAAAUGAUGAAGAAUCUUCUGAAAAAUCAGAAAGUGAAUGUGAUAACGAUGAUUAUAAUUUAUUAGAUAAAUUAACCCUUGAAAAUUAA